UCCAAUUCGCAACGAUUGUCUCGCCACGGCUUUUCUCCCAUCCCACACGACAACAUGAACAACGGUGACGCAACCAUCGACAUUCCUCUGCAAGAGGUCCACUCGACCGCUCAGAGGAAUGACAGCAACACUCCUCUCGCCGCAAACUCGCAUGGCCUCGGCCUCACAAAGACCAAUUCACGCCAGCCUCCACGCAACAUCGCCGGACGACGAGCCAGGAGGAACAUCAACGACACUCAAGUUGGCUACGAUGGUGAAGAGGACACGCUCAAUCGCAUGGGCAGAAUCUACAACAAGAUCCUCAACUUCAGCAUCAUCACCCGCUACUUUGUCUACGUCUCUCCACUGGCACUCUGCAUAGCCAUUCCCAUCAUCAUCGGAGCCACUACUGCUCCCCACGCAAAGAUUGGAGGCGUGCCAAUCGUCUGGUUCUUCACAUGGAUUGAGAUUGUGUGGUUGAGUUUGUGGGGAUCCAAGAUCGUCUCCCAUUUCCUUCCCUUCGUCUUCCAGUUUGUCGCCGGUGUCGUCAGCUCGGGUACUCGCAAGUACUCUCUUAUCAUCAAGGCCCUCGAGAUCCCCUUGUCACUGGCAGGAUGGGCCAUCACGUCUUUGGCCACCUUCAUGCCUCUCAUGACCCGCAAUCCAUACGGCCGCGCCCACAACCAGGGCCAAACACACUGGAUGAAGAUCAUGAACCAGAUUCUCGCCGCCUGUCUGAUCGGUACCCUCGUGCUGUUGGUCGAAAAGUUCUUCAUUCAGCUCAUCAGCAUCAACUACCACCGCAAGCAGUUCAACGCCCGCAUCAAGGACUCCAAGCGCAACGUCUUCCUGCUGGGUCUGCUCUACGACGCCUCCAGAACCCUCUUUCCUGCCUACGAAGUCUUUGCCGAGGAAGACUACAUGAUUGCCGAUCAAUUGAACCUCUCUAUGCUUGGAAAGAAGGGCGCAGGUCACAAGCGCUCCGGGUCAGUCACUCCGUUCCGCCUGCUGCAGAACGUCGGAAGAUUCGGUGACCAGGUCACUUCGGCCUUUGGCAACGUCGCUCAAGAGAUUACUGGAAAGCAGGUUUUCAACCCUAACAGUGCGCACUCUAUUGUUACUGGCGCUCUCGAGAAGAGACGUACCUCCGAAGCUUUGGCCAGACGUUUGUGGAUGUCCUUUGUCAUGGAGGGCAAGGAAGCUCUGUAUGAGGACGAUCUCGUCGAAGUCCUCGGUGACAACCGCAGAGAAGAAGCCGAGGAAGCUUUCAUCAUGCUCGACAAGGACUGCAACGGUGACAUUUCCCUCGACGAGGCUGUCCAGCAGAUCAUCCAGAUCAGCCGUGAUCGCAAGGCCCUCGGAACCAGCAUGCAUGAUGUCGACCAAGCCAUCAAUGUUCUGGACAGACUGCUCAUGGUCAUCGUCUUCAUCAUCAUCAUCUUCACCUUCAUUGCCUUCCUCAACGCCAGCUUCACCACCACCCUGGCCACUGCUGGAACAACUCUUCUUUCCUUGUCAUUCGUCUUCUCCGUCACCGCCCAGGAAGUCUUGGGAUCCUGCAUUUUCUUGUUCGUCAAGCACCCUUACGAUAUCGGAGAUCGUGUUGACAUCGGAGCUGAUCACUUUGCUGUUGAUCACAUCUCUUUGCUGUUCACUGUCUUCCGCCGCGUCAGUGGUUUGGAGGUUGGUAAGAGUGUCCAGAUCCCUAACAACGUGCUCAACGCUCUCUGGAUCGAAAACGUCAGUCGCAGUAAGCUCAUGAAGGAGCAGCUCACCCUCGACGUUAGCUUUGAUACCACAUUCGAGGACAUUCAACUCUUGAAGAACGAGCUCAUCACAUUCGUCUGCGACAAGGACAACAGUCGCGACUUUCUUCCUGAUAUCGACGUUGAAGUCUUGGGAACCUCCGACAUGUCCAAGCUGCAGCUGAGAGUUGAAGUCAGACACAAGGGCAACUUCGCCAACGAGACUCAACGUGCUUCCAGACGAUCCAAAUUCAUGUGCGCGCUUGUUCAGUCCCUUCGCAGAGUGCCUAUCAAUGGUCCUGGCGGUGGUAGUGAUGCACUUGGUGGACCCGCCAAUCCAACAUACUCGGUCUCAGUCUCGGACGGAUACGCUACUGAAGCUCGUGAAGCUUCUGCUGAUGCCAAAGAUAAGGCUAGGCUUGUACCAAACAAGAAGGUCGAGGAUGCCAUGAGUCCUUCUCAGACACGUUCGAAGCACAACGGCACCGGUCCUCUUGGUCUUUCGGCUAAGGAAGCCGCAAUCGUAGACCACCUACACUCCCAAGCACCUGGUCUGGAUACAACUCGUGAGGAGCCAUGGAUGGAGAAUGACAGCAGUACAUUGGAUGAACGCACGAGCAACGACCGUGCCCAGAACCUUGAAGAGGUCAGAGGCCUGCUGCAAAGAGAGAACACCAAAGGCAAGCGUCGCCCG